GUUUCUGUAUUUUUCCACACAACAUUCAGCGAAGAGACUUGAAAUUUGUAAGAGACGGUGAGAGAGGCGCUCGAAAGAGAGAUGGCAACGGGAGCUCCAACAACAUAUUCACCAUCUCCAUCAAACAAAAAACAACAAUCUAUAUUCAAAGAUGUCGAUUGGGUUCGUCCUGAUGGUCGCGGUUUUCAUCAUUGUAGACCUGCUUUUUUGAAGACUGGUAUGGUGAAUGCCGCAUCAGGAUCUGCAUAUGUGGAGUUCGGAAACACCAAGGUCAUCGUAUCUGUAUUUGGUCCAAGAGAAAGCAAGAAAGCUAUGAUGUACAGUGAUAUAGGUCGUUUGAACUGUAACGUGAGCUACACAACAUUUUCUUCCACCAUUCGUGGACAGGGUGCAGACAACAAAGAGUUUUCAUCGGUGCUUCAUAAAGCUUUAGAGGGUGCUAUUAUACUGGAGACUUUUCCAAAGAGCACCGUAGAUGUUUUUGCAUUGGUCCUGGAAUCUGGUGGCAGUGAUCUACCUGUCAUAAUAUCAUGUGCAAGUCUGGCCCUAGCAGAUGCGGGGAUUAUGAUGUAUGACCUUGUGACAUCAGUUUCUGUGUCUUGCCUUGGGUCAAACCUUGUUAUAGAUCCUAUAACAGAAGAAGAAAGUUGCGAAGAUGGAAGUCUUCUGAUAACGACAAUGCCUUCGCGCAAUGAGGUCACUCAGCUAAACAUUAACGGAGAAUGGUCGACUCCAAAGAUCCACGAGGCAAUGGAGCUCUGUCUCACUGCGUGUUCCAAGCUUGGGGAAUUAAUGAGAUCAUAUCUAACCGAACCGGAACCUGAACCUGCUUCUGCGUCAGAGGAAUAGAAAUGUUGCUUCAUCACUGUCACUCGUCAACUGGUCAACUAUGUUCAAUCACAUGUUCUUCAUCACAUUUUUUACUCCGACUGAGGAUGUAAUUGGCUUGACAUUCCCACUGAAUGCGGAAGGAAGUGCCAGGAUUUGUAUAGUGUUUGCGAUAUUUAUUCCCAACCUUCAGUACAAUGACUAGUAGUCUUGUACCAUCCGUCUUUCAGACCAAUUUUUGGGUUCAAUUUUGUUUGAGUUGUAUCACCAGAUUGGAACUGGUUCCAGUUAUCUUCAGCUUUUAUGUCUCAACUUGGAACCAGAAUGUGUAUGUAGUGUUAUUGGAAUUUGGAGUUA